AUGGAUAAAAGUUGGAUGACAAUGGGUAAGACACCCGAUGGUAGAUUAAGUCAUCCAUAUAUUGAAGAGGUCAAUGCAUUUAUUAAUUUUGCAAAAGCGGUUGUGAACUUAAGUAGUAAUAUUCUGUGCCCGUGUAUUCACUGUGUGAAUUGCUAUCGACAAUCUCCUCAUACUGUGCGUAUCCAUUUGCUUCAUCAUGGGAUUAUGCAAUCUUACAUUAAAUGGUAUAAUCAUGGAGAACCUCGUGUAUUGAACGAGAACAUUCAUGAUAAUGAAAUGUCAGAUGGUGAUCAUAUGGAUGGUAUCAAUGCCUUGGUAGGUGACCGAAUUAGAGGGGAACCAAGAAAUGCAACCGAAGAUGAGGAAGUGCGUCAUUUUAACAAACUUAAGGAGAAUGCAAAGCAUGAGUUGUAUCUAGGUUGCACUGAUUAUAGUAUCUUGAAGUUUGUUAUUGAGAUGUUGAAUGUAAAGGUAAUGACCAACUUGAGUAAUAAGAGACUUGAUAUGAUGAUAGAAUUGCUAACAAAGGUUUUACCGAAAGGUAACUUGGUUUCAAGGUUAACUUAUGAAGCAAAGAAGAUAUUAUGUGAUUUGGGCAUGUCAUACGAGCAUAUAGAUGCAUGCAAAAAUGAUUGUGAACUAUUUUGGAAGGAAAAUGAAAAUCUUGAUAAAUGUUUGGUGUGUGAGGCGCCUAGGUACAAGGAUACACAUGCCCAAGGUAAGAAGAUUCCUCAUAAGGUAUUGCGUUACUUCCCGUUGACACCGAGACUAAGGAGAUUGUACAUGUCAGGGCAAAGAGCUAAGGACAUGAGAUGGUAUAUAUAUAAACGUGUGGAUGAUGGGAUAAUGAGGCAUCCGACUGAUAUUGAGGAGUGGAAGGAGUUUGAUUUGCAACAUCUUGAUUUUGCCCUCAAACCUCGGAAUGAGCCAUAUUUUAUGUUGUCCUUGCUUAUUCCUAGUCCUCAUCAACCGGGAAAUGAGAUUGAUAUUUACUUGAAACUAUUGGUUAAUGAGUUGAAGGAGUUGUGGGAAUAA